AUGACCAGUAGUUACAACUCGGCAAUCUUCAGCGACGGCAGCACGGAAUAUUAUCUCAAAUGCAAACAAGUGUGUGGUUUAAAAUUUAAAAAGAAACAUGUCCAACUUCUAGGAGUAUUACUGAUAGCUAUGGUUCCCAUUUCGACCCUUGUAACUCAAAACUCCCUAACGGCACACAAAGCCAUUACUUCCAUUGAGCAGAAUGACGUCAUCACUAGUAACGCAGAGUCCGGAAUGCUCAUGGCGUCUGUUAUACAUCGUCUUCAAAUUGAGCGCGGAAUGAGCGCUUUAUACAUAGGUAGUAACUAUUCAGAAAGUGUAAAAUCUAGGCUAGAAGCAGCUCUGAUCAAUUCUGACACCGCUAUAGAAUCUUUAACUCCGUGGCCACUUUUUUCGAAAAUGGCCGACCUAGAAACAAAAAGCAAUUUUAUCCUUUACCUUCAACUUUUCCGCGAACAGAUCUGGAAUAAUACAAUCACUGAUGUUAUAAACUUCUACACUGAUAUUAAUACCCGGAUGUUGAAUGUGAUAGCCGAUAAAUUACGGAUGUGUCGAGUUGCUGAUACUGGAUUUAGUUUCGUGGCCUACCACUUGUUUCUGUUGAGUAAGGAGGAAACAGGUAUAGAGAGAGCUCUCGGCAGCACGUACUUUUCUAAAGGUGGAUUCAACGCAGCAGAAUAUUAUGAGUAUAAUAAAAGAAGAAUAAUGGGCGAAUCGUAUCUGACAAUUAGUCAGCAAUACUCGGACAAGAUCAGAGAAAAGAUGACUGAGUACAGAGCUACCGAACUUAGUCGAGAGAUUCAGCUUCAGAGAAAUUCUAUAAAAAGAAACAAUAUUUCCAAGGCUUCCGUUAUUCAGGGAGAAAUCUGGUUUUCCAAUAUAACGGACUAUUUGAACUUCCAGAAAGAUGUUCAAGACGAUUUGGCAGAAAAGGUAGUGCGAGAUAUAACCACGAGGACUAGUGAAUUAAAAUAUCAGUUUAUUCUUGCUUUAGUGGCUUUAAUAGUUCCAGUUAGCCUUUCUCCAUUCAUUAUCUACUUUAUUUAUCGUUUACUCACUAAAAUGAACGACUUCAACGAUUGUUUAAAAUCAAAAAGUGACACUGAACGGAAAGAAAGGAAGCGAAAUCAAGCCUUGCUUUAUGAGAUUUUACCGAUCCCAGUCGCUCGGAAGCUUUUAAAAGCAGAUAUCGUGGAUCCAGAACAUUUUCAGUCAGUGACGGUCUUUUUCUCUGAAAUUUGUGAGUUUGAGGACAUCGUGGCUAAUAGUCGACCCCUACAGAUUAUCGAUAUGAUGAACUGUAUUUUUAGAUUGUUUGACAGUAAAUUGACUAAUUAUGAUGUUUAUAAAGUAGAAACAGUCGCUCAAACUUAUAUGGUGGUAUCUGGUGUACCUAACAGGAAUGAGAAACAUGCGAUAGAAGCAGCCAGGUUUUCUCUUGAUAUACUGGAGGCCUUCAAUACCAUGACAGUUCCACAUUUACCAAAAACUAAACUGGACAUUAGGAUAGGUUUGAAUACAGGGCCGGUGGUUGCAGGUGUCGUGGGGUUAAAGAUGCCGAGAUAUUGCCUAUUUGGUGAUACUGUUAAUACAGCUUCUCGAUUCAUGACAACUGGUCUAGGUGGCUGUAUACAGAUCAGUGAUACAACUAAACUCAGGUUACAGAAUAAAAAUGAUUUUCUUAUCGAAACUCGAGGAAAUAUAGACAUUAAGGGAAAGGGUUUGAUGGAAACUCAUUGGUUACGACGAGCGCCAGGAAAUACCGGACAAUCCACUACUCCUAGAUCCAGACAGACAUUUUUCAAGUUUCAAGAUGAUGAGGAAGGCUUCUCAGUGUUGUGA